AUAAGUGAAAAUGAUGUAUUGAGCCUAGAAUCGUUAUAAUAUUACAAACUAUAUUUGUUCUGACUAUGCCACUAGGCGUAACUUUUUGCGGGCUUUCAUUUGGUAUAAAGUUGUUGGGGGUACUAUUUGGUCUUUAGGUCUGGAAGGGGGGGCGUAAUGGUUUUUUUACACCCUGUAUAGGACAUACUCACAAGUUUGACUUCAGUGUGAAUUUCGAAUUCUAUUUUUGACUAUUAUAUAAAAUAUAAGGACUUAUUAAGCAAAGAUUUCUUCAUUAUUCUUUCGACUGAAAAUUCACACUGAGUCAAACAAAGACUAAUAGAUAAAACAGUAAAUUCAGUUGUGUUGUUUAUAUUUCGAACACUUAUAUCUAUCUUUUGUUUAUUAUCAAUAAUUUCGACUAUGUUUAUUUUCAUCUCUAAGUAGAAAAUAAAAUUUUCACUUUUAUGAGUAUUAAUAAAUCGUAUUUUUUUUAUCAAUGAAACACAAGAAAUAAAGCUACAUUUUCAUUGAUUUCUAAUUUAAAUCUUCUGAAAUUAUUUUUUCAUAUAGAUUGAUAAUGGAAUGUUUUAAUAUAGUACAAAAAUUAAAACUAAAACGAUACGAUAGAUUUUAUUCUCUUUUUUUCUUUGAAAGUCUUAUCUCUGAACAAAAAACCAACACAAAAAUUUUAAUUAUUGUAAAAGUAGAACAAUUACAUUCAAUUGAUAUGUUUACAAAAAAUUAGAUAUUUCUUCUGAUCGUACCAAUUAAAUUACAAAUAUCUCGUGAAUUUCUUAGCAACAUGAAAUAAAUAUUUAUUUCUACUUCAUACUUUUGUUUCAUUUCAGUACCAAUGCGUGCAAGUUCUAUUGAUAUUCAUCCAAAUACAACAUGGUCAACGAAUGGUAUCACUGUUGCUGGAGGAAAUGGAUGGGACAGUAAAACCAAUCAACUCUGGCUCCCAUAG